GAGGGAUGGCAGCCCAGGCCAGCAGGAGGAUCCCAGAACUGGCGCUGGAACACCUGCUCCACUUUUGACGCGCUGUAUAACUGGAUUUGGUUCGAGACCUGACUCCUUGGGCGAGUGUCUGAUCUUCUCUGGGUCUCAGUGCUGUGGGGACAAUACCUCCAGGUGCAAGUUCAGGGCUCCUGGAUUAGGGGCUCUUUGAAGUGUAUGUACACAGGGACGUGUGUGUCUCCUCAGGGUACAUCUAUACUGUAACUCCUUGUCAUUGGGCUAGAUGCCACAUAAGUGAAUGUUCCAGAAAGCUAAAGCUUGUUCCAUUCAGCAAUGAGAAUAGAAAUAAAACUGCGCUCAUGCUUGUUUGGGGCUCUUCCAUAUCUCUUGUAUGAGGUGCAUAGUAGACUCAUGAGAGUGUCAUCAUGUUCCAGAAGAAUAUACUGAGGUCCUAGGGGGCCAGUGACUGGUCAGCAUCUCAGUGAAUGACGGAAUUGGGACCCAGACCAAAUCCAGUGCUCGUUCCACCCAUAGAUUCUGGCUACUUGUUCCGCAGAUCUCUGCGCAGCCUCUGGGCCUGCAUGGACCCCCAGGAUGAGCAGAAGUGUGUGGAGACAGUGGAGCUGGGCAGCUAUGAGAAGUGCCAGGACCUUCGUGCCCUCCUCAAGCGGAAACACCGCUUUAUCCUGCAGCGAUCCCCGGGGAACAAGGUCAGUGACAUCAAAUUUCAAGCAACCAGUGGGGAGGAGAAGGAAUCCUGGAUCAAAGCCCUCAAUGAAGGGAUCAACCGAGGCAAGAACAAGGCUUUCGAUGAGGUGAAGGUGGACAAGAGCUGUGCCCUGGAGCAUGUGACACGGGACCGGGUACGUGGGGGCCAGCGGCGCCGUCCACCUACAAGAGUCCACCUGAAGGAGGUAGCCAACGCAGCUUCUGAUGGGCUUUCGCGCCUGGACCUCGAAGUUCCAGAUAGCGGGCCACCGGUGUUUGCCCCCAGCAAUGAUGUCAGUGCAGCCCAGCCCCGGGAGAUACUGAAGCCCCCUAUGCCUCCUGCCAAGCCUUCCCCAGCGCCUGAGACGACCAGCCUUGGUGAUAGCGUGGAGACCCCUGAUGGGGAGGGAGCCCCAUCCCCUAUCUCAGCAAGCUCUGAGUCCCACCCUGGGAGCCAAGAGGACUCAGAGACACCAGUGCAGGAGGACAGUGGCUCUGAGCAGCCCCCCAAUAGGGUCCUGCCUGACAAACUGAAAGUGAGCUGGGAGAAUGCCAACCCCAAGGAUCCCCCUGACUUUGAGAGUACAGAACUCCAGGUGUCCUGCUCUGAGACUCCUGAGGCUGUGCCCAAGGAGGGUGGGAAGCCCCCUACACCCCCACCCAAGAUCUUAUCAGAGAAACUGAGAGCCUCCAUGAGUGGGAUGGGGCCUUCUGGGCCAGUCCAGAGUCCUGAGGCCUCUGAGACCUCUGCCCCAGACCCAGCAGAGAUCUCAGUGAAUGGCACGGAUGACAGUCCUGAGCCCAUCAAACCACCCCAGGCCUCAGGCGUCCCAGAAACUCCCCCAGAGGAUGCAACAACACCCACAGCACUGCCCCGCUGGGACCUGCCAUCUCAUUUCCAUCCCCGCUGCUCCUCCCUGGGGGACCUGCUUGGGGAAGGGCCCCGGCAUCCACGGCAGCCUGGAGAACGGCUGUAUCGGGCCCAGCUGGAGGUGAAGGUGGCCUCAGAACAGACAGAGAAACUGUUGAACAAAGUGCUGGACAGUGAGCCAGCCCCUGUAAGUGCUGAGACAUUGCUCAGCCAGGCUGUGGAGCAGCUGAGGCAGGCCACCCAGGUCCUACAGGAAAUCAGAGAUCUGGAAGAGCUGAACCAGGAAGCACAUGGGCUACAGGAGAAGCGGAAGGAGCUGGUAACCCUCUACAGGAGAAGUGCACCCUAGGGCCUGCCGGGCCAGGGCACCGUCCCUCCUAGCCUGCCCAGUCCAUCAUAGCCCAACCCUGCCAAGAAACAUGCUUCUGCUGAGGCUGCAGAAGGGCCAUUAGGCAAGUUGGGGGUAUGGCCAGGACCUGCAGAGAUUCCUGGUAUCCUUCCCGCCCUGCCCUGGCUAGGUGGGGCCAGGGGCCACCCAGGGCCACUAUCUGGCUAUCUGGCCCAGCCUCUGGGCUCUGGGCUCUGGGCUUGGGCUGGAAGCACACUCUUGGUUGCUUGCAUGGUUGUUCUGAACUGCCCCAGGGCUUUAGCACGGCACUUGGGGUUUCUGGGGGUGACAUCAUCUCUGCUUCCCACCCCCAGUAGUUUACAUUCCUGACUUCUGAAUAGAGCACAGCUGAGCCCCCCUCCCCCCCACCCUGCAGCUCCCACGUCCAGAUGUUUCCAGGCACAGAGCCUUAUGGCAGAGGCAGCUCUGAGCCAUAACCAACCGUCCCCACCCACUACUGCAAGUAGCUGCCAAGGCCCUGGGUCCAAGUUCUAGGUUCUUCCUUCAGUGUAGUGAGACCUGGAAUCCAGCUAAGGCCUGUGCAGGCAGGUGGGAGGCAGCUGUGUGAGAAAGCCAUCAGAUGUGUGGUUCCUCUUUGGGCCUGUUUCCUAUUCUGCAGGCCUUCCCCUCUGUUGAGCUGUGAUUGGAGGACUCCAGGGUAGAGGAGGAACUUGAAGGGUCUCCUAGUCUAGUCUAUACCCCUGGACCAGCCUGUGUCCAGCCUUGCACAUUUCCUAUAGAGGUGAGCCCGAGAAUGGCUCUGAUGUCAACAUCAGAAAACCCUGUGUAUACUUCAUCAUAAAUCAACCUUCAGAAGAGAAGCCACCUCAACUUCUGUGCCUCCCCAGAUGGGAUUUAUAUCUGGGUCUCUGGUUCCUCCUCAACCCACACAGGUCCAAUAUGCCAAUCAUUUGUUUGAAUGCUGAUGGUAUGUUGGGGCCCGAAAUAACUUCCCUUUUCCCUGUUCCCCCCAACCCUCUGGCUCAGGCCCCAGAUGGACUGCUCCUUCUGAACUUCCUAGUGGAAGGGGCAUUUUCUUUCCUGGUCCAUGCUUGCAGCCUGGGGGUCUCCCUCUCCGUCCCACCCCCCUCCCCCAAUCCCCCCACAGUUGUCCCUGGCUCUGGGAACACAGCCAGUCUCGGUCUAGGUGCAGAGCCCCCUGAGAGCCACAGCCACUCUCACUGGGGCCUGUGGGAGUGGGAGCAGCUUCUGACAGGUCUGCUCAGGGGGUUUCUGCAUGUGCACUUUUAUUUACUGAACAAGGAGAAAGGAGGGUCACAGCUGCAUGCCCUAGCCUUUCUGUCCACUGCCCCAUCACCAGUCGUGCCCACUGAGACCUGCCAAUGCAGGUCAAUGCCUUCUUUACUGUACUUCUACUUUGCUCUUGAGGGUAGUGGCCAGGGAUCAAGAGAGGCAGAUGUCUACUCUGCAGCCUGUCCUGGGCAGGGUGGAGGUGAACAGCAAUCUCCCGACUCAUGAGCCCCCACUGGCCUCCUCAGACUACACUCUGUGGACAAAACUAGGUUCCCAUGCCACAGUCUGCCUGUCCGUCUGCCUUCAGUAUGUCAUCGGGUGCCCACAUCACAUGGCCCCCUGCAGUCUUCUCUUAGGGAACAGCUUUCCCCCACCAGCAGCCUGGGCUGGCUGGGGCUUUAGCCAAGUCACCUGUUUCCAGGGACUAGAGCCUCAGUUUCCUCCUCUGAUAAGUGACCAGAUUGAGCAAGUAGCUCUGGGGCCAACUCAGUGACCCAUUGGUUCCUAUGGCGUACCCAUGCCGUGGUGGCCCGGGCCCCAAGGGGAAAGCUAGCUUCAAUGGGAGGGGUAGAAGGAUGGGGAAUAUGCAGGGGCUGCUUUGCCUGCCUCCUCGAGGAGGGUGGCAUUCCAUGUCUUCUGUUACGAAGCGCCUUUCUUGAAGUUUGGCAAUAAAUCCCUUUUUAUGGAAAUUCUCUGCCGCAAGCCUGUUUGUUGGUGUGGGGACGAGCUCCAGGGCUGGCUGGCCUCAAGGAAGCAGAGGGUAGGCUGUGGUUGGUCAGUGGCAUCACCGGUCCUUCAAGCUUCUUUCUAGGGCUCCCCUCCCAUAGGCUGGGCCCCAUCUUUGCUAAACUCAGACAGGCCCUCCAAUUUUACCCCCUACCCACCCCUGCCUACAUUGUUUCUAUAGGCUGGGAGCUAAGUGUCAUAACAACGCUUUACCGUUUUUAGAGACUAUUUGGAAAUGAUUUCAAACAGAAAGUUGCAAGAACAAGAACAGUACAAAGAAUAGCUAUGUGUUUUUUAUCAGAUUGACCCAUUGGUUUAUCUUUUGAGUGCUUUCUGUCUUUAACAUAUAUAAUUUUUUUUUCCUAAUCAUUGAGGAAUUCAUUUUCAUGGUCCCUUAUCCCUAAGUACUUCAGUGAGCAUUUCCUAAGAGUAAGUAUAUUCUUUUAUGUAACCAUAAUACAGUUAACAACUUCAGAAAAUUUAACACUGGUAUACUUAUUAUUGCUCUUAUUCCAGUUUUGUCAUUUGACCCAAUAAUCUCAUUUAUAUUUUUCCUUCAGUGUAGGCUUAAAUAUUACAUACAUGUCUCUCUAGUCUCCUUUAAUCUGAAAUGUUUCCACAGCCUUUAUCUGUCAUGAUGUGGAUACAUUUGAAGAAUACAGCCCUUCCUCCCCACCUCCUUUUUAAAAAGACUUAUUUAUUUAUUUUAGAGAAAGAUGGAGAGAGAAUCUCAAGCAGACUCCCCCACUGAGCACAGAGCCCAAUAUAGGGCUCGAUCCCACUACCCCAAGAUCAUGACCCGAGCCAAAAACCAUGAGUCGGGCACUCAACUGACUGAGCGCCGCCCCCCCCUCCGCUUUUUAAUAGAAUAUUCCUCACUUGGGGUUUGUCACUGUGAAGUUUCCUCAUAAUUAGAUUGAGGUUAUGGAUUCUCAGCCAGAAAACUACAUAGGUAAGAGCAGGUCCUUCUCAGAGCAUCACAUCCGGAGACAUACGACCUUCAUUUAUCCCUCAUUGGUGGUGUCAAUUUUGAUCUCCUGGUCAAGACGUCUGAUUUUUCUAUUGUAUUGUUGUGAUUUUUUUUCCUGCAACUAAUAAACAAUCUGUGAGAUA